CAAGUAUUCUAAUAGUGCUAAUAGUGCUUAAAAAAAUUGCUAUGCUUGAAGGAGUGUGUGUUUACAGGCCCUGCAGCAGCAUCGGAUGCGCCGCCCUGGCGAGCGAGGGGCCCAGGAGUGGGGGCACUUCAUGCACGCCGCCAAGCAGAUCGGCAAGGACAUCGCCAGCACAUUUGCCAAGCUUGAGAAGCUGACACUACUGGCGAGGCGCAAGACCAUCUUUGAUGACCGGCCGGAGGAGAUACAGGAGCUGACCUACAUCAUCAAGCAGGACAUUGGCAGUCUCAACAAGGCGAUCGCUCAGCUGCAGGAGGUGGCCCGUUCAAGAAACCAGCUGGGUGGCAAGCACAUGCAGUCACACUCUAAUUCCGUUGUGGUCUCCCUUCAGUCCAAGCUGGCAUCCAUGUCCAAUGACUUCAAGAGCAUCCUAGAGGUCCGAACAGAAAACCUGAAGCACCAGAAGAGCCGGCGCGAGCAGUUCAGCAGCCAAGGUGUGAGUGCAGCACUGCCCCCAUCGGCCAUGGGAGGCGGAUCGGUCCUUCUGGCAGACGAGUACGCCUCGCAGCAGCAGGGGGCGGGAGGCGGAGACUUCCUCACCAUCAACAUGGACGAGGGGCCCCGGCAUCGGCAGCUGCAGCAGCAGCAGCAGCAGCAGCUGCUGCUCGACGAACAGGAUGCAUACAUCCAAAGCCGGGCUGACACCAUGGCAAGCAUUGAGAGCACCAUUGUGGAGCUGGGCUCCAUCUUCCAGCAGCUGGCACACAUGGUCAAGGAGCAAGAGGAGAUGGUGCAAAGGAUCGAUGCCAAUGUGGAGGACACAUCGCUAAAUGUGGAGGCUGCACACUCGGAGAUCCUGCGCUACUUCCAGUCGGUGACCUCUAACCGGUGGCUCAUGAUCAAGGUGUUUGCCGUGCUCAUUGUGUUCUUCAUCAUCUUUGUUAUCUUUGUUGCGUGAAACAAGAUGCAGGAAGUGCUCAGUCAAGCAGCCUCAACUUUCCAGGAACAUCACAAAUACAGAGAAUAAUAACAUGUAUAAAAAUAGACAAUAAACUUUUAUUUGUAAGUCC